CUACGAGCUUUCCUCUACUGGUGCUGCCUAACUCCUCCCAGUCCCAGCACAAGAAUGUUACAAAUUGCUCCAGUUCCCACCUAAGUUGCUCACUCAGAAGCUGCGACUGGAAGUCUGUGCCUGUAUCUCUGCAAAAUGCCCAACUGGGGAGGUGGAAACAAAUGUGGAGCGUGUGGCAGCAGUGUGUAUCAUGCAGAGGAAGUGCAGUGUGAUGGGAGGAGUUACCACAAAUGCUGUUUCCUUUGCAUGGUAUGCCGAAAAAAUCUGGACAGUACAACUGUAGCCAUUCAUGAUGAUGAGAUUUAUUGUCGAUCAUGUUAUGGGAAAAAGUACGGACCGAAAGGAUAUGGAUAUGGCCAAGGAGCUGGCACUCUGAAUAUGGACAAAGGGGAAAGGCUUGGCAUAAAACCAGAAGAAAAUCUGGCAUCACAGAAUACUGGUUCAAAUACUUCUAAAUUUGCUCAGAAAUUUGGAGGCGCUGACAAGUGUCCUAGAUGCAAUGAAUCUGUAUAUGCCGCAGAGAAAAUAAUGGGAGCAGGAAAGCCUUGGCAUAAGAACUGCUUCAGGUGUGCAAAGUGUGGGAAGAGUUUAGAAUCUACAACCCUGACUGAAAAAGAAGGCGAAAUCUAUUGCAAAGGUUGCUAUGCAAAGAAUUUUGGUCCCAAAGGAUUUGGUUAUGGGCAGGGAGCAGGUGCUCUAGUCCAUGCUGAGUGAAGAAGCUGCAGCUUAUACUGGAGACAACACAACAUUCCAUGAAGCCUGAUAUUUCCAAGAAACGAAGCAGCAAUGAAUUCCAACCUGUACUAAUCACUGUGACACUUUCCAUGUAUUUGUUAUUAGGGAUGCACCAAAUCCAGGAUUCGGUUCGGGAUUUAGCCUUUUUCAGCAGGAUACGGCCGAAUCCUUCUGCCCGGCCGAACCAAAUCCCAAUUUUUUGUUACAAAAGAAUGAAGUAAAUGUUUCCCCUUUCCACCCCUAAUUUGCAUAUGCAAAUUGGGGUUCGGUAUUCGGCCGAAUCCAAAAUAGUGGAUUCGGGGGUUCAGCCAAAUCCAAAAUAGUGGAUUCGGUGCAUCCCUAUUUGUUAUACUGAUGAACUUUCAUACAAACCUGUUUAUUCUUUCUCUGUAACACUGCGAUUGGUAGAAAUAAUCUGAUGUUUCAAUAAAGUAUUUGUUUUUUUUUCCA